GUAAUUUUCUUGGAAGACUGAUUUCUAAAUAUACAGAACUUCAUAUAAUUGUAUUGUUGUUGUUGAAAUGUAUAUUUAUCACGAUCAUGACCAGUAGUAUUAAUAAUUGACUUCAGCUAGCUGCUUCUUGUUUAUUGGACUCAGCAGUCGGAACACAGGGAAUGUUCCAAAAUCUGCUGGGAAAACAUUCUCAAAGCAUUUUUAUGUGUAAAUAUGCAGCUGUAUGUGUAAUUCUUACAUCGUCUAGGCCUAAUGUUUUUAACUCUUGCAAAGGAGUACCGUUGCAAAUGUUUUCUCGCAAGUCUUGACGGCUGCACAGAUCCCGAAAUACAACCACAAAAUGCAAAAGCGUUGAUUAACAAGUUAAUCGUUUAAUUUUUUUUUGCCUACAAUACUUUAAGGCGUUACGUUGAGCCCAAGUCCGUCCCUGCUUACACAAUAUCCUGAAAGAGAAAGCACGGAUCUACUUGAGAAGUUGAAAGACGGAUUGUCUCAUAUUGUAGCACGAGCACGCAAACCCUCCAGCAGUUGCAGUGACAAUAUUUCCGCGUGGAAUAUAAAUACCGCGUGUUAAAAAAAGUUUAAAUCGAAAGAAUGGCAGAGAUGAUGGGCAAUGAUGUAUCACUGUAUGAUAAGGAAAAUGAUUUGGUUACAACAGAUGAUGGAGACGAGACACUGAAAACCAGGGGCACUGGCAUUCCUCUCUCGACGAAGAUUUGUUUUGGAAUUGGUGGCAUGCCCUAUCAGAUGACGUCCACUGCAAAGGGAUUCUUUCUGCAAAUUUUCCUGCUAGACGUUGUACAGAUGGAGGCCUUCUAUGCAUCACUCAUCCUAUUCCUUGGCCGUGCGUGGGAUGCCAUGACUGAUCCACUAGUAGGAUAUAUGGUCACCAAGAGUGGACGGACGCGGAUUGGCAAACUUAUCCCCUGGAUUGUGUUCAGCAUGCCACUAGGUGUCUUGGCGUACUUCUUGAUGUGGUUCACGCCCCAGCAGUCCAUGACUCCCUCCUUCAGUUUUUUCUGGUUCUUUAUCUGGAGCUGUCUUUUUGAUGCCUUCAUGACUUGUUACCAUGUCCCCUACUCUUCCCUGACAAUGUUUCUCGGGGGAAACCAGAAGGACAGAGACUCUGCCACCGGCUACAGAAUGGGGAUGGAGAUGUUUGCAACACUGGCUGGUGCAACCAUUCAGGGUCAAAUUGUGGGGGUGUAUCAUGCUAAGACAGCACAGCUCUGCAGCCAGCUAAACCAGAGUGAAAACUCCACCUCACGCCUCACCGAUUCCCUUCAGAACACGAGAAGUGCUUAUAAUUAUGCUGCUUUAGUUUUGGGUGUAUUCUACUUCCUGUGUUGUGUUGUGCUGUUUCUGGGUGUGAAGGAGAAGUUAGCUCCACUCAGUACCCUGGACCAGAUACGCAUGCCCUACCUUGCAGGUAUGAAGAUGGUGGUGGGACACACCCCGUACAUGAAGCUUGUGUUUGGAUUUCUCUUUACUUCACUUGCCUUCCAGAUGGCUCAAGGAAACUUUGCCCUCUUCUGUACCCAUGCUGCCGGUCUUGGUGCCUAUUUCCAGCAUCUCGUCCUCAUCCUACUUACAGCUGCCACACUAUCUAUCCCCAUAUGGCAGAAUCUCCUUGUGAGACUGGGGAAGAAGACAACACUCUUUAUUGGACUAUCUAUAUAUGCACCUGCCCUUGUGAUCAUUGCUUUCAUACAGGGCAACCUGCCUGUCUUCAUCAUUAUGGCCAUCAUAUCUGGAUCCAGCCUAUCAGCCCUCUACUUGCUGCCCUGGUCUAUGCUGCCAGAUGUGGUUGAUGACUUCAAGGUGAAGAACCCCACCGGUAAAGAUCUGGAACCCAUGUUCUACUCUUGCUUUGUCUUCUUCAACAAAUUUGGAGGGGGGCUGGCUGUGGGCAUCUCCACUUUGGUUUUGCAUUUUGCAGGAUAUAAGCCUGGAGCCUGCAGCCACAACGCGACAGUGAUCACGGUGUUGCGGGUCCUGUUUGCUCCUGUGCCCAUGGUCCUCCUCGUUAUUGGUUUGGUGUUCUUUUAUUUUUACCCAAUCAACAAAGAGCGGUGUCUACAAAUCCAGGAGGAACUGAAGAAAGCGGAGAAAAAGGAUGGAUGCCAAGUGUUGGACUCUGUGCAAUUGUAGAGACUCUUCUCAUACAAAGCCUAACACUGCAUGCCUGUUCACAACUUGCCUGGCAUCAUGCAAGGAAAGCUUGGUUGUUUCAGGAUACACAGGAAAUAUGUGUAUACGAUGGAAGAAUAUUGUCAUACUUACAGACUGAAACGCACACGUGACUGGUUUACUCACUUGUUCUAUGAGUAUUUGCAUUGUUUUUUCUCUUGCAAAUGUUUUCUAUAAUACCUCACCAUUGUAAAUUACUGUUGUGUAAUUAUUUAGCAACAGUAAGUAGUGUUUAGCAACUGUAACCUCGAGUAUUGUUUUUGCAUGCCUUAUAAACCAUAAGUGUUCAAAGGGAUCAAGUUGAGCCAUUACUGUUGACCAUAUACGUUUUGUUUUGUUCUACUGUAAAGGAUAGCGAUGCCGAUAUUGGAAAUAUACUUUCUAAAAAUAAAUUGGACACAUGUAAACUAA